AUGGUUUCCUCAGCUCCAGCCUCCGUUGGUGAAGAUGUUUAUUUUCAAGUCCCUCCUCCUCUCUCCCAGGCGGUCGGAUAUGUCGUCGUCGUUGUCAUCGGCCUGGUCUUCGCCAUUGGCAUGAUCUUCGUCACCAAACUCCUCAAAAAGACUGUCAAUGAAGACAAUACUAAGACUGAGAUGUUCAUUACCGCAAAUCGCAGCGUGGGCACAGGAUUAACGGCUUCUGCUGUUAUCUCAUCCUGGCUUUGGAGUACUGCUAUACUUGGGUCCAGCUUGGUAGGAUACUCUUAUGGGAUUUCAGGGCCUUUCUGGUUUGCCGCUGGAUGUAGUCCAAUGAUUGUAUUCUUUGCCUUGCUGGGAAUGGUAUGCAAGAUGAGGAUUCCAGAGGCGCAUACUCUGUUGGAGAUUGUGAGGAUACGUUAUGGAACCGUUGCUCAUAUUGUCUUCAUGUUUCUCUGUCUCCUGAACAAUCUAUUUGCAGUCGCCAAUAUGCUUCUCGGUGCUUCUGCUGCGAUCAACGCCUUGACAGGAAUACACACCAUCGCUGCGACCUUCCUUGUCCCCGUCGGCGUCGUCCUGUACACCUUCGUGGGUGGCAUCAAAGCUACAUUCCUUACCGACUAUAUUCAUACCUUUGCCAUCCUGAUCAUCAUUUGCUUCUUUACCGUUAAGGCCUUCACUAUUCCCGAGAUCGGUUCAAUAGGAGGGCUCUACGAUCUUGUCGUCUCCGCUGCGCUGCGCCAUCCCCCAACAGGAAACCAUGGAAGCACAUAUCUCACCAUGACUUCGAAGGAUGGUUUGCUGUUUGGUAUCUUGCAUCUAUGCGCCAACUUUGGCUUGGUUAUCAUGGACACCUCAUUCUUCGUCAAAGCCUUCGCUGCAUCCCCCAAAGCAACAGUACCAGGUUAUGUCCUCGGCGGCAUCAUGUACUUCGCAAUUCCCUGGUGCCUAGGCACACUGAUGUCAAGCGUCGCUCUCGGCCUUGAGAACAACCCCGCCUUCCCAACAUACCCGCGCCGUAUGACAUCCACUGAGGUCGGAAAUGGCCUCGUCCUGCCAUACGCCGCAAUGGCGAUUGCAGGCAAAGGCGGCGCAGCUGCAAUUCUCCUCGCGACGUUCAUGGCCGUCACAUCUACGCUGUCUGCGCAGGUCAUUGCCGUGAGCUCGAUUAUCAGCUUCGACAUCUAUCGCACAUAUUUCCGGCCGCAGGCUACAGAUGCAGAUGUCAUCCGCUGGAGCCACUAUGGCGUUGUGUUUUUCGGAGUCGUUGCCGCGGCAUUCAGUACGCUGCUGUUCUAUGUCGGUGUGAAUCUAGGAUGGACUCUGUAUAUGCUCGGUGUGAUCACCUGUCCCGGUAUCUUCCCCACCGUGUUUACGCUCCUCUGGAAGCACCAGUCCCGCGCUGCUGUCAUCGUAUCUCCGAUCCUGGGAAUGCUUACUGGAAUUGGUGUGUGGCUCGGAAGCGCAUACGCACUCUACGGCGCCGUCACGAUCGAAACGACUGGUUUCGCUCUUCCCUGUGUCUAUGGCACUGUCGCGUCUGCGUUCAGUCCGCUACCCUACACCCUCAUCAUUACCGUCUUCAAACCACAGAACUACGACUGGGAGGAUUUCAAGAAGGAAAAGCUCGCGUUCGCAGCUACCCCAUCCACCACCAACACAUCCUCAUCCUCAUCUACCGAAGUUGAAAAACUAGACGAGCCAGUUUCCCAAGCAGUCAUGCGCCGCUGGGCGUACAUCGCUGCACUCUUCUCUGCAGCUACCUUCCUGGGGCACUGGGUGUUGUGGCCGCUUCCCAUGUACGCUUCGAAGUACAUUUUCAGCAAAUCCUUCUUCACGGCCUGGGUGGUUGUGGCUAUCAUCUGGGUGUGGGGCACGCUGCUCGUAGCGGGCUUUUACCCGAUAGUUGACGGACGGCAGCAGUUGGGCUUAAUUUGGACAGCGGUGCGGGAGGGGAAGCUGAGGAAGGGGAACUCGGGGGGGAAGAGCGAAAGGGGGGGCUCGGAGACUAGCUCUACGAGUGGAGAGGCGGAGAACGGUGGUGUAAAGGGGGCAGAUAUUUAA